UUGAGCAAAACAACAGAUCACUGCCCCUCAUCCCUUUGUGUCGACAGUAAUAAUCCAUUUGAACAAGUUGUGGUCCUCGCUGCAUUAAUCAAAUAAACAAAUGUCAAAAACACCAACCCCUUAACAUUUCAUUCUUAAUUUCACUUAAAUGUUUUUCCUCACUUUUGGAGUUUUUAUUUAUUUAUAAAUAAACAUACUUUCAAUGAAAAUAACUAAACAUAUAUUUGUAACUUUUUAAAUAAAUUAAUAAAAUGAAUAUUUUUUUUAAAUAGAAGCAUGUUGGCUCUGUCGCUGUGUUGUUCACUGGUUGAGGAAACUGGGAGUGGUGUUCACAGUUGCAAAGGCAAGGGGCUGAGUAUAAUGAGGUCACACCCUGGCAGUCAUGAUCGCGCACCCCGCCCACUGUGCCAUGACUGACACAUGUUUUCCUACCGCUUUUACUAUAGCCCACCAACAAUAGCCGAAGUGCUGCGAAGGAGCUGUCCAUGGUACUGAGAGCGCGAACGGUGAAAUCAAGUGUAUGCGAGGUUGAGAGAGAGCCAAUAGCAGGAGGAGGGUGGGGGCGUGUUCUUUGUGUUUUGAAGCCUGAGUUAAUCUGCUGUGGCAUCCACUCAGAGAGCAGCCCUACAUCCGAGAACCAGCACAGCCUUUGCUCAAGUACAUCCUUCACAAAAACAAGGAAGACUUCACUUUAGAAGCUCUUUUGAUUCAUCCUGGAAGACUCUUGUGAGCUUAUAUUGUCUUUUGCGCUGUAGCCUGACUUUGAAAAGUGCAUGUGGAUGGGAAUGAGGAAGGAUGCAUUUCUCUGGUUAUGAUUGUUAUGUUGACAGGCUUUAGUAGGUGUAGCAUGUACAGAUGAGGAGGAGAGGAUCUCUUCGGACGGGAGUUGCGUGCUGCACAGACCCAGUGUGCUCAAGGUUGUUUGGCUACAAGAAGCCGUCACUGUCACGGCUGCAUCUUCCUGCCCUCCUGCACCUGGAUCCCAGGAUUUAGAGUUUGCAGACUAGAGAGUGACUUCACAAUGGCCUGAAGUUUCCCUGCAGGACUACAGUUGGAACCUCAGGAUAUCAGUCAGGUUUUGUCUCAGGCUACGAGAGUCUAAAUGGAUUUACUUGAACUGGUUCACACCACAACCUGCAGGGACCUAGUUCCUCGAACGCCCUGCUGGAAUGCCUAUAAGCAAUGAUUAGCUCCAAAGAGGACGGUUCUUUGAAGUUUUUCCAGUAUGUUGAAGACUGUGGACUAAGAGCAUUUAAGGGAUUGGUCACACCGAACCUCGGCCACAUGUGGAAUGAAAAAAACAGGAUUAACUUUCAGGAGAAAAACGACAAGAAGAGAAAGCAGGAAGACGGCAUUAAAAGGCAAGAGGAGGUGGUCACAGAGGGUAAGCACCUGCGAAUGGGCUCCAUGAGCAUGCCGGCCCCUGCGGAGUACGUGUCCCCUCACCAGCAGCAGCCCCCCUGCAACACGGGUUUCGCGGUUCGCUCCCAGUCCCUCCACUCAGUGGGAGGAGGGGAAGAGGAGGGAAGCCCCACAUCCCGCAAGCAGCCCCCACCCAAACCCAGACGGGACCCCAACACCAAGCUCAGCAUCUCUUCUGAAGCUGUAGACCUCAGUCCCACCAAAGGCGAUGACUCGGAGAGGUUUGAUGGAACACAAUGCUGCAGUGAGGACUGCCGGAAAGUUCCCCCACCAAAACCCAAACGAAAUCCCAACACACAACUGAGCACUUCAUUCGACGAAUCAAACAUUCUCAACCAUGGUUCAAGAGGUUCGCCCACCCUGCCAUCCUCAAGAAAUGGCCAGGCUCCAUCUCCUCCCCAGACCCAGGGCCCACAUCAGGACUCAGACAUGGAUGAACCCGUCUACAUUGAGAUGUCUGGAAACAUGGCCCCUCGUGAACCUACCCCUAAUGUUGAGGAUGAUGAGCCAGGUGAGGCCGUUUAUGAAGAGAUGAAGUAUCCUGCUCUGGAUGAGUACGACUCACGAUGGGAUCUGUCAAACUACCGCUCUCAAUGUCCCACUCCCUGCCCACCUGAAGUUGAUAUCCACGCUCCUCUAAGUCGUUGCAACACACCUAGGGGGACGUCUCUUUGUGACAUCCCUGCCCCUUUCCCCAACCUGUUGAGCCACAGACCACCUUUACUGGUUUUCCCUCCAGCCCCGGCUCAGUGCUCGCCGAACUCGGAUGAGUCUCCGCUCACGCCUCUAGACGUGGCCAAGAUUCCCACGUUAGAGAAUGCAUCGUACAGCAAGUCUCCAACCUCAUCCUCUCUGGAAACGUCUGCCUCUACCUCGCACUCUAGGCGUGCAGAGAGGGAGCUAACAGCUACUCCUACCAUAACGGUGUCAGGGCGAUCUUCAGCGCCCCCGCUGCCCUGCGCCCUCUACAAAAGUUCCUCCUCUUCACACGCCUAUCAGCGUAGUCACUCGGCCUGCCCCUCACCUGUUAGCAUGGGCCGCUGCCUGACGCCUCUUAGCCUCAUGCGGUCACCACCUUUUGAUGGCCCGUUUCCUGGAGCUGGCAUUCCUCGAAGCGCCUCUGCAACGCCUCACGGAAAGGGCUCACCGCCUCAAGAUGUCACUUCAGGGGGACGCCACCACGGCUCUAUGCAGAAUGUCUCAGUAGUCCGCUCACGGACGCCUACAAGCCCACUGGAUGAGCUGACCAACCUCUUCACCACUGGCAGGAAUAUGCUGAAGAAGAAUACCAGCAGCAGAAAAAGUGAAUCCAAGGGAAAGAGCCACAGCUCUGAGUCCAAACGUGAGCACAAAGAACGGAGCCAUCACAGCAAAGAGUCCAAACGAGACAAGGACCGCAGCAGCAGUGGAAAGUCACAUCGGCAAGACAGCAAAGACAAAGAACCGAAUGGCAUUGAAGCCUUUUCUCGACGUGACAGCAAGGACUGUGGUUGUGGAAAUUUUGAGCAGUCAGCCAGAAAAGAAAUCAAGGACAGGGGAUGUAAUGGUCCAGAGCUGCCUCCCCGACCAGAGAGCAAAGACCGAGGCUGUAGUACAGAAGCGCUGCCUCGGCGAGAUAGCAAAGACAGAGGAUGUAACACUGCGGAGCCGUUGCACAGACGGGACAGUAAAGACAGAGGCUGCAACACUGUAGAGCCGUUGCACAGACGGGACAGUAAAGACAGAGGCUGCAACACUGUAGAGCCGUUGCACAGACGGGAGGGUAAAGACAGAAAUAAUAUUCCAGAAUUCUUGCCUAGGAAAGAGAGCAAAGAACUGCUACGAAAUGGUUUAGAUACCAGAUGGGACAGCAGAGAGAAAGUUUGCUACGGGAUAGAACCGCCUCCCAGACAUGAAAGUAAAGAUGUGGGAAGAACUGGGCUCGAAAGUCGUCGGGGCAGUAAGGAUAGCAGCAGGCACGGUGCGGAAUCCAUUCAGGACAAGGAGAAGAGCCACGGUGCAGAGAUCAGGGGGAAGGAAAAGAUCACCAAUGGCAGUGAUUUAAUGAGCAGGCGGGACUGCAAAGAUAGACAUAGCACAGAGUCACCCAAAGCACACAACAGGGACACGAGGUCUGGAUCUUCGGUCACGGUGUUUUCCAGCCGGUCUGGACGUUCUUCCAUUAGUUCAAUGAUGGGGAACUCGUAUUCUGACUUCAAGACAGUUCCCAAGCAAGGCCGGUCAUUCUCCACACCAUCUCCAAUAAGCACACCUCAAAGACAGCCCUCCGAUCUCCAACAGAUGCACCCAAUGCCGUGGCUGUACGACGACAGCACCAUGCUGGAGCAGAUUGAGAGGAAACAGCGACUCUGUCGGGAGAUCAGAUCCCAUCAGCGGCUUCCUGAUCGUAGCCCAUGCAAGAAAGAAAGCCUGCCUAACAUGCCCAGCUGGAAAAAAAACAACGGGGCGAAGAAGCACGGGCCGCCCCCCUACCCCGCUCAGAGCACAGUCUUCUGGGACACGGCCAUUUGACCUUCUGGUCUUGUGAGCACUUUAUUGGGUCACGCUCCGCCCUUUAUUAUCACGCAGGGUUGUAGCAGCCAAUCAGAGCGUGCCCCCGCCAGAGGAUGUGCGAGACGGGGUUACCAUAGCAAUAUUUCCGUGAGGUUUUCGUAUCGUUGUGGAUAUCUAAUAUUUUUAUACUCCACGUGAUGACCUAGCAUCCAUAGAUAUUUUCGAAAUUAAAUGGAAUAUCUUUGCAAAGUUUAUGUAGAGUUAGCCUGAUGCAGUUGUUGUUUUUCUAUCUUUAUUUGAUUUCGAAUUAAGUUUCUCGCAAAACACAAUCAGUACCUUCGCAUCAAUAGCUUUUACUUGCCUUUCUAUUUCAAGACCUCUAGAGACGAUGCGUCGGUGGUUUUGUGCCACACUGAAUGAAAUCUAUUGUAACACUGGAUGUUAUGGUGACUGGAUUAGGGCUAGCUUACUUCUUGCUGCCUUUCCACACUUGAUUCGAUCAUUUAUUUGAAUGUUUAUUUAUUAAGGAAGGAAACAAAUCAACAAUUUAGCAACUGGUUUAAUCACGUUGUCAUCUGUUUGGCCUUUAGUUUCCGUAAGUCAUUUAAGUAGCAGGUUGCAAAUGACAAAUUAGGGUCAGGUCAUUGCACAGGCUAUGAGGGUAACAGUUUUCCUGUGUGAAAUUGGACCGUGUUUGAUCUGUGUGUGUAUAAUGUAUGGCAUUUCAAUCUGUAAUAAUGUGGGGGGAGACCCUCUCCUCUUUGGGUCUGUGGCAAUAGACAGCCAAUGAGAAUCCUCUGAUGUGCACAAUGAGGAUGGUCACCCGGAGAUUAAUGACAAUCUGGAAUAUCAAAGCUGUAUUUUUUGCAACUCAGCGUUAUUUAAAAUUCGUAUACACGGACUGAUAAUUGUAAAAUGAAGAGUUGUUUUUUGUGUGCAGUGAUCUUGUAUAGAAUGACUGUGCCAUUAUUUAUCAUAAGUUAAUUGAGGAGAUUGGUUGGCAACUGACACAAAUGCUUGUUAUUAGCGACACAAACCAAUGAGCAAUAGCUCUCUGCUAUUGUACGUGUGUAUAACCCACGGCUGCGAGGCCUGGUAACAGGGAUUAUAGCUGCAUAAACAAAGAGGCUAUACACAAGAGAGCUGCGAAUUUUGCAAUCCUCUGCCACAUAUUACUUAGCCGGAUACCUGCCACUCUCCCUCUACCUCUUAGAUCAGUUCAAGUGGUCAUUCAUUUGCACAACCAAUGCAACAUUUGCAUUGCCAAAGUUCUUGGAUCCUAGUAGUAUCCCCAACCCUCAUUCCUCCCUUUGACCUCCAUGUUUGAAAUCGAUGCCUGUACAACAUGUGUUGCCUUAGAGACCAAUACUCACUGUAACUGGGUCACACUGAGUGAGAGGUCACAAAGACAUAUAGUACAUCAGUUGCUAGGUUUGGAUUUGGAGAAGAAAUCAAACUAAUGAAUGGCUAAAGUGUUUUGGGCAAAAGUGCCCAAAAAUGUUGAGUGAGCAGAUCUUGGAUCAGAGGUUAAGGAGAAAGUGCAUAACCUGGGGUAGCACUUGGUACACAGUGUCAAAAACAUGGAGGUUCAGAGUAGCGCAACCGUGUGUAUGUGUGCCAGCCUACACUGUAUGCAGGUCAACAAUAAAGAUGAUUGUUUGAAAUUCACUCUCUUGUGCCCAGAGGGUGCAGUUCAGAAAUGUAAUAAUGUACAAUCUCUUUGUAUGUGAAAUGUGCACUGUGAGAGGUAGAAAGCCUAUGUCUUUUGUCUUAUUGCACUGAGUGUUCUCUUAUCUGUACAGUAACAUUUGAACAAAGUAUGCUGAUUGUCACAAGAGAAUUUUCAAGAUAAAUAAAUAUGAACCUCGAAUUUCAAGGAGAUAUGCAGAGUUUCGUAUUGUACUGGGCUGGCAAACCUUUAUCAAAAUGACUUAUAACACUAAUAUCUUACAGUAUAAAACUAAUAAUUCAUUCAGUAUUUAUUAUAUUCAAUUAAUUCAAUAAUUAAUUCAUGUUUGACCAUUGUCGGAUUCUUUUCCAAGGUCUCUUAAAAGUGUGAACUUUACUUAAACUGAUCAUUUUGAUAUGCAAGUCACUAAGAUGCCUAUAUCAAUACUGUGCCAGGCAUAUCUGAGCAGCUCAACAAUGAGGUGUCUGACAAAUAAAGAGAUUUUGGACAACCUUACAAACUCUUGUUGAGCAUGCAAUAAAAAAUGGUUACUGUUUUAGGUGUAUAACAGAAUGUUUC